AACUGUGUUUGUGUUUUCACUCGCUGUAGUUUGGGGAUCCGCGCGCGCGCGACAGCAGCCAUGCGCUCGUCUUAAGCACUGAGACGUGGACUUUUAGAGACAGUUUAAUGUGGAACCGGAAACGGCUUCUCAGGAUCGCCAGGAGAGUUGUUCUUCCCUCAUGUAACAUAGAUCGGAUCUGAUCGGACGGUCCGGUUUGUGCGCGCAGGGAAAGACUGUGUGUGUGUGUGUGUGUGUGUGUGUGUGUGUGUGUGUGUGUGUGUGAGAGAGAGAGAGAGAGAGACAGACAGACAGACAGACAGACAGAGAUGGACAUGGACGCGGAACCGGACGCGCGCGAGCGUGACACCGCCGUGGUCCCGGGUCCGGCCCAGCGCGCGUGCAAGCUCACCGGUUCGUCCCGAUGGGUCCGGCUCAACGUGGGGGGCACUUACUUUCUAACAACCACGCAAACUCUGUGCCGCGAGCCCAAGUCUUUCCUGUACCGGCUGUGCCAAGAAGAUCCUGAGCUCCGAUCUGACAAGGAUGAGGUGGGUGCAUAUUUGAUCGACAGAGAUCCAGUGUACUUCGGGCCCGUGCUGAACUACCUGAGACACGGCAAACUGGUCCUCAACAAAAAUCUGACAGAGGAAGGAGCUCUCGAAGAGGCGGAGUUCUACAACAUCGCAUCGUUAAUUAAAGUUAUCAAGGACAGGAUCAGAGAACGAGAUGCCAAAACUCUACACACUCCAGUGAAGCAUGUGUACAGGGUGUUGCAGUGUCAGGAGGAAGAACUCACUCAGAUGGUGUCCACCAUGUCAGAUGGAUGGAAGUUUGAGCAGCUGGUAAGCAUCGGCUCCUCCUAUAACUAUGGCAGCAAAGACCAAGCCGAGUUCCUAUGUGUUGUUUCCAAGGAACUUCAAAAACAGUCAUCCGGUAACACCAGCCAGCCGAGUGAGAAAGCCAAGAUACUCCAGGAGCGAGGCUCUCGGAUAUGAGGCUCUAAGAUAAAACGUGUUCAUCUUCAAACAUACACAAGUUUUAGUUUCUGAAACAUUUUCUCAGAGGAAAAUUGCCACCUGAUCAAGCCUGUAAAUGACUCUGUAAAUGCGUCUCGGUGACAGUAACGUCUUUGUUUUAGGAUCAUUUUAUCAUUCAGUAUUAGUUUUAUUAGAGCCGUGAAAAUUUCCAUCAAUAGAUCGUGAGUUGAUUUUGGUGCCUGGAACCAUAACUAUAAUGAGGUAAAUUCCGCCACUGCAGCUAAGAAGACCCGAGGAUAUGCUCCACUUUGAGAACCACUGAAUUAAGAGCAAGACUUGAAACAUCUUAGUAUAGUCAUGUUGAAAGUCUUAGAAGUGAAAAUGUCUGACUUAAAGGCUUCCCUUGUUGCUUAGAUUUAGUUCGGAGAUGUUGCGACUUCUAUAAAUUAGCAAGCUGUUCAGGGCACUUGGUAAAAGGAUGCCGUAGCAGUGGAAAAGACCUUUGAAGCACAAUGAAAGUGACGUGACAUACGACAUACUCAGAAUUCGUUCUCUGCGUUUAACCCAUCCAAAGUGCACACACACAGCAGUGAACACACACACACACACUGUGAACACACACCCGGAGCAGUGGGCAGGCAUUUAGGGGGCGCAAGGGCAAGGGCAAGGCACCGAACCUGGCCAGCCGGAGACUCAAACCCACAACCUUAGGGUUAGGAGUCAGACUCUCUAACCUCUAGGCCACGACUUCCAUGACAAUGUCUGUCUGUCUCGCUGUAAACUUUCCUAGACUUGUCGGGGAAAAAAAUGAACAAAAAUGUACUGCGUAGCUAAAUACUGUGGCCCUGCGGUGUUCUGUAAGAGAACGUGCACGAUAUAAAUCUCAGGGAACAAGCGAACAAUCGUGCAAUCGAAUCGAAUAGAAUUUUAUUAUUGACUAACUUUUAUUAUUGACUAACGCGAUCAUGACAUCUCAGAGUUUUCCCAAGUCUUGGUAGAGUUACAGUUACCACUGCUAUUGGAAAAGUUUAGCAUUUUCCAAUAGUAGCAUAGAUCCACAGCACUUUAUUCCCCUUGCACCACUAGCAUUUUUUAAAUGGACUAAAGAACAAUGAUAAUGUUGUUUAAUGCUGUAAUUUACAUCACAGCAGCUAUAAGCAGUCGUUCACUAACCAGUCUCAAGCAUCCCUGUCUAUUGAUUUUAAUAAGACAAAUAAAUCUAGCUAGUCAUGUUAGCAAGGGACAACGCAGCAAGAGGACCAGCUUUACCUCUGGAUGUUAGAACUCUCUGAUGCUGGAGACGCCUUCCAUAGUUGUUUAAAAAACUCCCUUACAAAAGGAAAAGUUGUUUUUAUACGAGCAUUAUAGCGUUAGUCAACUCACACAAAGUUAGUGGUGUUAGUGAACACUGAAGAUGCCAGCGCUUAUAGUGAUCAAAAAAGAAACAAUAAACUGCAAAGUAUCUCUAGCUAUCUGUCUGCAGGUCUCUAUUAAACACUAUUGAUUAAACAGAAUCUAACCCUGUAUAUAAAUGAGUCUGGGGAAGGCUUAUUGUACGCCUGAUACAUGGUGCACUUCAGGGUCUGCCGAGUCUCGUGUGUAAAUCAGACGAUACAAUAUAUUUGUAAACUUAAACUCUUUUAUGUUUGAAAUGCUGCUUCUUUACUCGUCACUUCAGGCAGUAUAGUUAUGCUAAUAAAUUUUACGCGUUUUAA